AUGACGCUGAAAGAAUUAAACGGAAGCUCUACUCAGGGUCUACGCAUCUUGAUUGUUGGUGCGGGGAUCGGUGGUCUUGUUGCAGCGAUCGCUCUCAGACAGCAGGGACAUCAUGUAGAGAUCUUUGAACGUUCGCGCUUCGCCAAUGAAAUCGGUGCUGCUAUUCACUUGUCCCCCAAUGCCAAUGGCGUCUUGCGCCGUCUUGGAAUUGAUGCUACCGAAUUUGGCGCCGUGGAGACUGAGCUGUUGCGCGAAUACAAGCCAUGCGGAGAGCCAGUUCACGUGGCAGAUCUGAAGGCGCAUGCGGGCCUAUGGAGACACCGCUGGCUGCUUGUACACCGUGCCCAUUUCCACGAGGGACUCAAAGCUGCAGCCACUGGCGCAGGCAAGGGAAAGCCCGCUACACUACACACCGCAAGCAAGAUCGUCGAUGUCGACCCCCACAAGGCAACAGUGACUCUGGAGAAUGGCGAGGUGGUUGAGGGAGAUGUUCUGAUUGGAGCAGACGGAGUGCACUCUCUUACUCGCACCAAGCUGUCAGACAAGAAGCCAUACAGCUCAGGCAAGAAUGCCUUCCGUUUCCUGAUUAGUCGCCAGCAGGCGCUUGAUGAUCCGGAAACCAACAGUAUCGCGCGCGAUUUUGGUGCCGUUGAUAUGUGGGACUCUUCUGAUCGCCGUGUGGUGAUCUACCCAUGCUCAAACAAUGACUUGUUGAACUUUGUCUGCAUUCACCCUGAAGAGUUGACUACCAUCGAGACUGGCGGUGACUCGUACAACCAGCAGAUUAGCAGGGACACUUUGCUCGAUGUGUACAAGGACUUCAACCCACAAGUCCGAAAGUUGUUGGAGAAGGCGGACCCACAGACUCUGAAGCUGUGGCCUCUGCUGGACAUGGACACCUUGCCUUCGUGGACAGAGGAUCGUCUUGCUUGUCUUGGUGAUGCUGUUCAUCCGUUCCUUCCAUACCGUGCAUCCGGUGGUGCAAUGGCGAUUGAAGAUGCCGUCUCUCUGGCUGUGAUGCUGUCUGGUGACAUUACUGUCAGUGACGUCCCCGAGCGAUUGAAGGUGUAUGAGAAGGCGCGUCAUGAACGUGCAACAACCAUCCAGCAAAUGACUCGUGAUUCGGUCACACUCAUCUCUCAGGAAACAACACAAAAAAUGAUCAGCUACAUUUAUGGCCACGAUGAGUUCGACCACUCCACCCAGGUCCUUCGGAACCACAUUUGGUCUCAGAACCCACAUAUGUACUGGCGUCAGCCCAUCGUCUUUGGCCCGAUGCCUGGUCCCCGACAGGAUCACAUGGGACGAGACCGCGCUCUUGCAUCCCUAGAAUCCACCUUCAAGACUGCCUCCAUCAAGUUCAAGACUAGCCGCACGCUCCUUCAGAAUCUGUUCCCCAAUGACCGAUACAGUUUCAUCUCCCCAUCCACAGUCGCACGAGCCUCUUUCUCUCAGACCACUCUUAGCGGAAUGGACUGGCUUGGCGGUGGCGGGUACCGCCACAUUGGACUGUACAUCCACGGAGUGCAAUAUACCAAGGAGAACGGCGAGGUACUUCGAGGAACUUACAUGCCAAUUCUUUUCGAAAGUCUGGCGGACCCGAUCGUGUCAGGACGUGAGGAACUCGGCAUGCCCAAGCUAUACACAGCAGUUGACUUACACGAGCGCAACAACUCCUUCCGUAUUCAGACCAGCUGGCAAGGAGCCGUGUGGGGUCACUUCGAGCUUGAGGAUCUCGUAGACGUGGACCCCUCAGCGGACAAGGGGACGAUCGGUGGUGAGGACGACGACGGUAUCCUUGUCUACCGCUACAUGCCCAAGGUCGGAAAAAGCACCAAGGGCGAGGCGGAGGCACAAUACCCCGUGGUUGUGCCCCACGCGCAGGAAUCAAAGGUUGUGCCAUCGGUAGUGACGCGUGUGCGGCGUACUAAGAACGUCAAGGUGGAUAUUGACGGGCUAGGCUGGGACGCGCUCCCCACACUGCAUCAUGUGGUGUCGCGUCUGGCGGAGAUCCCGAUUGAUGAGAUUAUUGAUGCGAAAAUCACGGAGGGAAGAGGGGUUCCCGAUGUUUCAAGUGCUCAACGGAUUGAGUAA